AUGUUAUCAGCAUCAAAGCUACUCAGCAAAGGACCCGACAUCUCCAGUCUUUAUAUGAUCGCCACACCAUUUUUCAGCACGCGUACCACCGCAAUUUCUCGUUGGCCAAGGCUUAAAUCUCUUGAAGCCAUCAACAAACUGAAGUCUUCCUGCUUCCAUCAAUCUCAAAUGAUGGCAGGUGUCACAAAUGGCAAUUCACACAGUGAUAUUCAGAGGAAAUAUCAAGUUGUGGUUGCUGCUACCCGUGAGAUGGGCAUUGGGAAGGACGGAGCAUUGCCAUGGAAGCUGCCUAGUGACCUUAAGUUUUUUAAGGAUCUCACAAUGGCUACAGCAGACCCAUCAAAGAAAAAUGCUGUUAUAAUGGGAAGGAAAACAUGGGAAAGCAUACCCACUAAGUUUAGGCCAUUGCCCGGUCGCUUGAAUGUUAUACUGACUCGUUCGGGCAGUUCUGAUUAUGCAACUGUUGAAAAUGUUGUAACCUGUGGAAGCUUGGAUUCUUCCCUGGAACUACUAGCAUCCGCUCCCUACAGCUCAACAAUUGAGAAAGCCUUUCUAAUAGGUGGUGGCCAGGUACUGAGGGAAUCGUUAAAUGCAUCUGCAUGUGAGGCCAUCCAUCUUACUGACAUAGAGUCCACCAUUGAGUGUGAUACUUUCAUUCCUCCUAUUGAUCCAUUGGUCUUCCACCCAUGGUAUUCAUCUUCUCCAGUUGUGGAGAACAACAUUAGGCAUUCUUUCGCGACCUUUGUUCGCGUUAGAAAGUCAGCAGAAGAGGCUAAUGAUUCAAAUCUCAGUGAAUUAACCAGCAAUGAUGCUAAGAAGGAAAAGUUUGAAAUUCAGAAUUUUUCAUUUCUACCAAAAAUGAUCUUCGAAAAGCAUGAUGAGUAUCAGUAUCUCAAUCUUGUUCAAGAUAUACUACGAAGUGGUGCUCGGAAAAAUGACAGAACAGGAACAGGAACAAUAUCAAAAUUUGGUUGUCAGAUGCGGUUUAACUUGAGGAAGAAUUUUCCAUUACUUACAACAAAGAGGGUGUUUUGGCGUGGUGUUCUUGAAGAACUGUUGUGGUUCAUCAGUGGCUCAACGAAUGCAAAGGUUUUACAGGAAAAAAAUAUCCGUAUAUGGGAUGGGAAUGCGUCAAGGGAGUAUCUUGACAGUAUUGGUCUAUCACAAAGAGAGGAGGGUGACUUGGGACCAGUUUAUGGAUUUCAGUGGAGACACUUCGGUGCUGAAUAUACUGACAUGCAUGCUGAUUACACGGGGAAAGGUUUUGAUCAGUUAGCUGAUGUCAUUAACAAGAUCAAGAAUAACCCUGACGAUAGGCGUAUCAUUAUGUCUGCAUGGAAUCCAACAGAUCUCAAGAAGAUGGCACUUCCACCUUGCCACAUGUUUGCACAGUUUUAUGUCGAGAAUGGAGAAUUAUCCUGUCAGAUGUAUCAACGUUCAGCUGACAUGGGGCUUGGUGUACCAUUCAACAUUGCAUCAUAUUCUCUUCUGACGUGUAUGCUUGCACAAGUUUGUGAUCUUUCUCCUGGAGAGUUUGUCCAUGUGAUAGGCGACGCCCAUGUGUACAGCACGCACGUCCAAGCCUUGGAGGAACAACUUCAGAAGCAGCCCAAGCCGUUUCCUAUUCUGAAGAUAAACCCUCUGAAGAAGGAUAUAGACUCGUUCGUCGCGUCGGACUUCAAGCUGGUCUCCUACGAUCCUCACCAGAAGAUAGAGAUGAAGAUGGCAGUAUAA